AUGGGCGCGGGUCAGUCGAGCGAGUAUAGCGGAGCGUCUCCAGAGGAGCUAAGCUACGUGCUUGCGGAGCGGUUUGCAACGAAAUGCUUCGCCCCACUAGAACUCACCCAUUUCAAAGACAACUUCUACUCCCGUACUUUAGAGCAAGGGGGCCUCCGAUAUUGGAAUGAGAAGACACUCUCCGAUUUCCUUGGUAUCCCAGAUGGCAGCUUUGCGGCAACACAUGAAUACCCCUUAGAUGCGGGGCCAGUCAUCUUUCGCAUGGUUUCGUAUUUGGGAGCAUUCCCGUUCCAAAAUACCCUCGCCCCAAGCGUUUUGACGUUUGAAGCCAUGGUGAAAGUGGUUGUGUUGUUGACGGAGCGUUAUGGCAAAGCACUGCGAAGAGGACGAAAGGAUCGAAUUAAAUUGCUAUUCGGUAGUCUGGCAGAUGUUGGAAGAAAAUCCAUUGGCCAGCAAGUUCCUGGGAAGGAUGAGGAAUCGCCAAAAGAAGAAGAGACUGACGCUCGACAUCUCAACUCGCAUGCCCCUGGUUUUACAAUAGAUGAGCCUGCAAACGACGACUAUGAUGAAGACGAAGAUGACGACCUUGCCCUCGCCGCGUUGGAGUCACUUGAUGCGAUUGAGGUAUUCAAACAUGAUCACCGGGUGGAUCGGACAGUCUAUGAGACAAGCAUCUCGCUUGAUACAUUCCAUCGGCUUCUAAUGCUGCUACUCGUUAUUUCACCCUUGAAAUCUUCAGAGUCUGUCAAGACCUACACGUCUAAUCUCAGCAAUGAGAAGAUAGCCGAGAUCCAGAAAGAGGCAGAUUGGGUCAUAUCGGCAUUUUGUCCAGAAGAAAACGAUGGUGGCAUCUCAUACAGAGCAUUUGCUCGUACGAUAUCCUCAUCUUUGCCAUACCUCUUCGAUCCCCUGACUCCGCUAUUCGAACAUAUGCUCUUUAGCAGAAAUCUAAAUCUGUCGCAAAAACGAAACAGCAACGCUGUCAUUGAGCAACAAACAAGUGAAAAGGCCGAAGAGACACAUCCACCAACUUCGAUCAUGCUACCGGGAAGCUUCGAGUCAUCUAUUCUCAACUCAACCCUCAUCUCCCACAUCUCCUUCUUCCUACCAGCGUCAUCCCCCUCAAUCGAUCUAUUCCGCAGCGGUGUCCGCCUACAUCCGGUAUUCUCAACAGCCGCACAUGGAUCUUCACUGACCUCCUUUUCACACAACGUCAUGACCUGGCAAUCACCCUCUCUCCUCCUUCUACAAGGGGCCCCCGAAGACUCAGACUCGGAGAAAGACCUAAUAACAUUGGGCGCUUACAUCCCCUACCCUUGGAAAUCGCCUUCUUCGCACGUCCUACCAGGAAACCCCUCCCCAUCCAUAGAAAAACAGCCAAACACCCCAGCAGCCUGGUUCUCAACAACCUCCGGCAUCGCCCUGGGCUGCCAAAUCCCGCCAUCCUCACGCACGACCCACACAGUUCCCAAACCGCACGGUGCGGGAAGCCUCCUCAUAGACGUGAAUCUCGAAACAGCGGAAUUCUGCACCGAGCCCGUCGGACACGAGGGUGUUUUCUUGCCAUGUACCACGGCUUCGCCGAAUGAGGCUGCGACAAGGGUCAAGAUUGAUAUCUAUACCCUUGAGAUUUGGGGGGUUGUGCCGGGUCCAGAGAAUCAACACGGAUCGGGUGUUGAGGAUGAUGCUGUGAAGAUGCAGCGUGCGAACUGGGAAUUUGAGGCUAGAGAGGCGGAGCGGAGGAGAAAUGUUAAUAUCAAGGCUGGGGGUGGUGAUUCAGCUAAGGAGAGUGCUAGGUGGUUGUUGGAGACGGCGGGGAUUAUUACGGAUCAUGGACAGCAUGAUGGGUAG